AUGGCAUCUCCUCAGCAAAUUCGCACAACAUGCACUGAUCUGCUCAAGAUCAACCAUCCAGUAUUCCUGGCUGGCAUGAACGUAGCAGCCGGCCCAAAGCUCGCUGCUGCCGUAUCAGAUGCCGGAGGACUCGGUGUCAUUGGAGGAGUUGGUUACACACCUGAUAUGCUACGAGAGCAGAUUGCAGAGUUGAAAGGCUUCCUCAAGAACAAGAAUGCGCCAUUUGGUGUUGAUCUCCUUCUCCCACAGGUUGGUGGCAGUGCCAGAAAGACCAACUAUGAUUACACGAAAGGAAAGCUCGACGAGCUCGUAGACAUCAUAAUCGAAAGCAAGGCCGCAUUAUUCGUAUCUGCGGUUGGCGUUCCACCAAAACAUGUCGUGGAGAAACUCCACAAGGCCGGUGUGUUGUACAUGAACAUGAUUGGACACCCGAAGCACGUAAAGAAAUGCCUCGAACUCGGUGUCGACAUCAUCUGCGCACAGGGCGGUGAGGGAGGUGGUCACACUGGCGAUGUUCCAACAACAGUCUUGAUUCCAGCAGUUGUCGAGCUUUGCAAGGGCAAGACAAGUCCUAUGUCUGGAAAGCCAGUCCAGGUGGUUGCAGCUGGUGGAAUAUAUAAUGGACAGACCGUUGCUGCUGCGCUGAUGUUGGGCGCAAGCGGUGUGUGGGUAGGAACCCGAUUCAUCCUGACUGAUGAGGCCGGAGCACCAAAGGCCCACCAGGAGGCUGUUAGAACUGCAGGCCAUGAUGAUAAUGUCCGAACAAUCAUCUUCACUGGGCGGCCGCUAAGAGUACGAACAAACCCAUAUAUUGCCAACUGGGAAGAAAACCGCGCCGCUGAGAUCAAGGAACUCACAAGCAAGGGUGUUAUUCCAGUCGAGCACGACUUCGAGACCCUCGGUGAUGAUAUUGACGACGAUACCAUGGAUAACGCUCGUCCGUUCCUGAUGGGUAAAGCUGCAGCUGUUGUGAACGAGAAGAAGAGCGCCAAGGCCGUCGUUGAUGAGCUUGUUAAUGAUGCUGUCGCCUGGAUCCACAAGGGUGAGAAGAUGAUUUCGAAAUUGUAG